AUGUCUCAAACCUUGACUCCCGAAGUUACGUGGGCUCAGCGUUCAUCCGAUUCGGAUCCUGAGCGCAACUACCUUUACGUGAACAUCAAGGCUGCCGAAGUUCCCAAGGCCGAUGCUACCCUCAGCAUCACCGAGAAGAAUGUUACUUUCAAGGGCACCUCCAGAAAGGGCGUAACAUACAGUGUCUCCCUGGACCUCUUUGCCGAGAUCGACCCCGAGAACAGCAAAGUCAACCACACCGACCGCGACGUCGAGCUCGUUCUCCGCAAGAAGGAGCUCAAGGAGGAGUUCUGGCCCCGCCUUCUCGAGAGCAAGCAGAAGAUGCACUUCUUGAAGACCAACUUCGACAAGUGGGUUGAUGAGGAUGAGCAGGAUGAGGCUGGCGAGGAUGACUACGCUAACAACUUCGGUGGUUUCGGUGGUGAGGGUGGUGACCCUAACGCCGGUGCAGGUGGCCUAGGCAACAUCGACUUCUCCAAGCUUGGCGGUAUGCCCGGCAUGGAAGGUAUGGGUGGUAUGCCUGGUGGCAUGCCCGAUCUUAGCGCUCUGGCUAAUAUGGGUGGUAUGCCUGGUAUGGGCGGUGCCCCCGGUGGUGAGGCUGCCGAGGAAGAUGAUGAGGACCUCCCCGAGCUCGAGGAGGCUGACGGUAAGAAGUCCGCCAAGAUCCAGGAGGUCUCGUAA